AUGGGAGAGCAUUCGAGCAGGAAGAAGAAAAGCAAACGAGAAGAAGUAGCCACUUCUUCGUCUCAAUCAUCUUCCGAAUCCUCUGAAGAAAUUGAUAGCUCCUCUGACGAUGAAAAGCGGCGCAAGCGUCGGCACAAACGGCGUCGCGAGGAGGAGAGGAGUCGGAGAAGCUCCUCGAGAAGCGAUAAGCAUAGAGAGAGGACGAAGAGAGAGAGGAAGCAUAGGAAGAAGCGGAAGCAUAGAGGGAGCAGUAGUAGUAGGAGAUCGAAACGAGAGGGGAAGAGGAAGUAUUCAGAUUCGAAUGAGUCGGACUCUGGUUCCGGGUCGGACAGUGAUGAUUCAAAGCCCAAGCGACCGAGGGAGAAUCCGGAGGACGUGGUCAAAGGCAUAUUGCAGGAGUUCCCUACUGUAGCUGGUGAUUUGGAACAGCUUCUACAAAUGAUUGAUGAUGGACAAGCUGUAGAUAUAGGGGGUUUAUCUGAAAAAUUGUUGGUCAAGCGUCUGCGAAAGCUGUUCGUGUCCUUAAACCUUAAGGAAACGGGUGAUCAUGUCUUUCUAUUACCAUCAAAAGCAUCUCCUACUUUGGAGACUGUUGGACCCUUAAUCCGCUCCCAAAAUCAACUUCAAAGUCAGGAGUUUCAUCAAAAUGAUGAGCAAUCCAAGCGAUUGGAUCGGGAAGUUGGACACGAAAAUUGUGAAGCCAAUUUGAGUUUGCCAAAUGAAGAAGCUACUGAUCAUAAUGCCAAUUUGAGUUUGCCAAGUGAUAAUGCUACCACUUACAAUGCUAAUUUAAGUUUGCCUGCCGAGGAAAAUACUGGCCCAAAAAAGAGGGUGGUUGGCCCUGCAAUGCCUUCUGCAGAAUUGCUUGCUGCUGCAGCUAAGUUGACUGAAGCACAAGCGGAGCUGAGGGAUGUUGAGCUGGAAGAAGAUACUGAAUUUUUUAUAGGACCUCCACCUCCUGCUUUGGUUACUGAGACAGAAUCAGCAAACGACGCCGAGCGUUUUGAAGAGGUUACAAGAAUCAUGGGAGCAGAUGCAGACAACUCAUAUGAUGUUUUGGGUGCGAACAGAAAUAUGUUGAGUGAUAACAUGAAGAAAAGGUACUGGAAGUUGUCUCUUAUGGUGCAUCCUGAUAAAUGCACUCAUCCUGAAGCUCACCAAGCGUUUGUCAAGCUGAACAAAGCCUAUAAAGAUUUGCAAGAUCCAGAUAAAAGGAAAGUGUUGGAUGAGAAAAUAAAGCGCAAGGAAGAACAAGAGGAAAUUAAGGCAGAUUUACAAGCUAUGCGUGAAGCGGCCCAAUGGAGACGUCUGCAAGGUAUCUCCAUGGAAGGUGAUGAUCUGCUGUUAGCAGAGAUGGAGGUCAAAGUUGCACCAAAAAGAGACGAAUGGAUGACGACACUGCCUCCUGAAAGAAAAACUGGCGUUGUGAGCAUGCACUCAACGACGAGCUUUAGCAAGAGCUCGAAAGAAGGUCGUGGUGAUACUAGUGCCUGGACAGACACCCCAUCAGAUCGAGCUCAGAAAGCGAAAAUGAAUUAUUUGGAAGCCUUCAAUGAGGCUUCAGCACUUGCUUCAAAAGAACUACAAGAAAAGAGUAGAGCAAGUGUCGAUGCUGAACUGGUGGAACAGUACAAUAAAGCGAGACGAUCAAAAUCUAUGGUAGAAAAGCACCAAGAGAAAGCACGGACCAAGUCAAAGAAAAAAUCUAAGCAGGAAUCGGUGACAGAAGAAUGGGAAGGAAAUCAUCCAUGGAAACCUUGGGAUCGUGAGAAGGAUUUGACAGCCGGAAGGCAAAAUGUUAAGCUUGAUGCUGCGGACAUGUCUCAAGGUCUCACAUCCAGAUUUUCUUCUGGAUCCUUCCAAAGGAACUUCCUCUAGAAGAGAUGUGGUCGUCUUCGAUGUUUGUAUUUGUGUUGGCCCUUGUAAUUUUAUAGCUUGAAAGAGAUUUCUUGAACGUGCAUCCUCAAGUAGGUCCAUCAAUUUUACAUGUAGGGAUGUAUGUGUAUCGAUCGAGCUGCAGCUGAUAAGUUGCAGAACAAAUUGUUGUUUGAGCUUUUUUAUUUCUCUUUAAAGCAUAGAUGAGAGAAUAUCUGAUCUCAUCUUUACUCAUACCAGUUCAAAAAAGACACAUUCCCUUCAUCCUUUCACUCAAUCAAUUUCGUUGAAUGAAAUUGAAACCUCUUCUUUUUU